CAGAUUUGGCGCUAAUCCUAAAUCUAAUUCCUGCCCCCACCCCCCUGUGACACAGGAAAGCCUGAUUCGCGGAUGCAGGAAGAGUGUGUAUGGGGUUUGAGGAAGUCCAGGAGAAAGAGCACGCGCAUGGUUGUGCACGGCUCCUUUAAGGCGCACGGAGGAGAAUAUCGGUGUGAAACAGAGAACAGAACAGAGAGCCUCCCCCCCCUUCAUCUCAAUCCGGUCUGUGCGUCUCCGGACGCUUGGAGAGCGACAUGAAGAUCCUGUAGGCUCUUUUCUCCGCGUCCUCGUCCUUCUCCUCUCCUCCUCAUUAUUAUCCGGGAAUCUGAUAACGGAUACCGAUUAUUGUCUAGGUGGGAUCAUGGUUUAUUGAGGAAACGCGGUGUGAAGGUUUCCAGCUGAAGCGGUCAUGCAGUGAGUCGGAUCCGAGGUGAGUGCACUGCCAGGGCGUUGGCAUGGCCCAGGGAUGAAUGGUGAAGGGGCGCCCGGCAGCCCGGAGCUCUCCUCGUGCCCGCUGCCUGACUGGAAGGAGUUCUGUGAGUUGCAUGCCCGUGCCUCUGCUUCCGACUUCGCCCACAAGUUCCGUCAAUUUGUCACAGAGAACCCAUGCUACGACGCACCCGGAGCUGAUGCCAGCUUCUCGCGUCACUUUGCUCGACAUUUCCUGGACUGCUUUGCUGCUGCGCUAAAUCGGGUACAUCAACCCGGCUCACCUGGUGCUUCCUUAGCACCCAAGUACGCAAUUGCACCCUUUGCAGGGAUUCAGGGCUGCCCGCUUCCGUCCUACAACCACGAGCUCUACCAGCGCCGGAAAGACACAGGUGCCUCCAGCGAAUCACUGGACAGCAUGGACAGUGGAGGGGGUGGAGCCUCUGCAAGCUCCACCCUCCAUGGACACAGGGUAACGGCGCUGGGCCAGUCACGAAGCUCGGAGGAUGUUUCCAUGGGUCACUCUAAGGCCCGUUUCAAGAAGGGUUUCUCGUUGAGGAACAUGAGCCUGUGUGUGGUAGACGGGGUGAGGGAGAUCUGGCAACGCCGGGCACCUCCUGAGCUAGACACAGUGGGCACUGGUGUCAGGAAGUCAAAUGGAGCUGAGGCAGGUGGACAUGAGCAUUGGAGCCAGAAGCUGAGGUUGGCACGGGGCUUGCAGGGUCACCGUGUUGAGCUCCUGGAGAUCCAGCGGGAGGGCACUCUGCGCUACAUGGUGGCAGAUGAUACUAACUGUAUGGGCACUGCACAGUGGCAGAAGUGCAGGUUGCUGCUCAGGAAGACAAGAAGCAACUUGGAAGGUGGCGAGAAGUUCCUGCUUGAGUUUUAUGUACCACCAAAGUCCUCGAAGCCAAAAGUGAGCGUGCCUUUGUCUGCCAUUGUGGAGGUGAGGACAACGAUGCCUCUGGAGAUGCCCGACAAAGACAACACAUUCGUGCUGAAGGUGGAAAAUGGUGGCGAGUAUAUCUUGGAGACCAUCGACUCUCUUCAGAAGAACUCCUGGGUUGCUGACAUCCAGGACUGCAUAGAUCCUGGGGACAGCGGCGAUGACAUCGAGCUCGCGUCAUGUCCACACGGCCAACCGUCCAAAGAAUUCUCCAUGGUGGCCUCCUGCAGCUGUGAGCUCCUCUCUGAAGGUGUACACCGGGGCCCUGAGAGGCCGUGUGCCGCAGCUGUCGAUCAUUACAGCGCCCCUACUGUCCGCUGCAGGGAACCACCGUUCACACAGCACCCCUCGCAUGUGCCCUUAGAGCGUUUUCUGCAGCUGCCAGAGGCUCAGAGUACAAGCCCAUCAUCAGGUCCUGGUGAACCUCCUGUGGAGACGGACGUGGCUGCCACUCUCAUUGGUUACCCAUGGUUCCAUGGGACUCUAUCACGUGUGCGAGCAGCCCAGCUGGUACUGGCAGGUGGAGCUCGAAGCCACGGCCUGUUCGUGAUUCGCCAGAGCGAGACGCGGCCAGGAGAAUAUGUUCUCACUUUUAACUUUCAGGGAAAAGCCAAGCAUCUGCGGUUGUCGGUGAAUGAAAGCGGCCAGUGCCACGUCCAUCACCUCUGGUUCCAGACGGUGUGUGACAUGCUGAGGCAUUUCCACACUCACCCAAUCCCACUGGAGUCCGGCGGCUCUGCUGACAUCACUCUGCGCUCAUACGUGCAGGUGCAGCGCAAUUCCUCAGAUGUUCCCAACGUCGCUACUCCUUCACGGGAACCCAGCUGCCGGAGCGAGGCGGCUCAGCCGAGCCUUCAUCUUCCUGGAGUCUCGCAGCUUCCAGCGACCCCUGUUCAUGAUACUCCACUCUCCUCCAGCUCCUCUUCCUCACCCACAGCCCAUGGAGGUCUCCGGAGCAGGAGCAACAGCUCUGAAAGACUGCUGGAACUCCCCGCUGGCGCCGCAGAGGAGUACAACGACAACGACGGGACUCGGAGGACCAGAGCCGUGGAGAAUCAGUACUCUUUUUACUGAAAUCCAGCAAGAGCAAGAAA